ACUCGAUUACUCAUUAACUAGCAAAUCUGAUCCUGAGAAAGACAGUGGGGAAGGCAUUUGCAUUUGCAACUCAUUAAUGGGAACGUGGUAACCAGUUACCAGGGCCGAGGUUGCUUUCUGUGGACUGUGCUCUUCGCUUUUAUUGCCGGUCAUCCUUCAGAGCCCGCGGAGCUGCGGUGGGAGGUGAUGAGAUGGCAAGAAAGAAGUUGAAAGAUUUUACUUCUUUGGAGCUCAUGCUCAGUGUUCUUCUGCUUCUCGUGUUUCUCAUCACUAUUCCGCUCCUUGUGCUUUCAGCUAGAGAUUCUUCGGAGUCACAAGGUCCUGGGACAACAACAGCUACGCCAAGUACCACUCCCGAUUCUGCCACAUGCCCUGUGGUAAAUGAAUUGGAGAGGAUAAACUGCAUCCCUGACCAGUCACCCACAAAGGCCACGUGUGACCAGCGAGGCUGCUGCUGGAGACCCCAGGGAACCAUGCGUGUGCCCUGGUGCUACUAUUCUAAGAGUCAUGGCUAUCAAGUGGAGGGCGACCUUGCGAGCACAGGCACAGGGUUCACAGCCCGGCUGAAAAGGUCGCCUUCUCCGUCCCUGUUUGGGAAUGACAUUGACAACGUCCUUCUCACAGCGGAAUACCAGACAGCUAAUCGCUUCCACUUCAAGUUAACUGACCAGAACAAGGACAGGUAUGAAGUGCCCCACGAACAUGUCCAACCCUUCAGAGGAAAUGCUGCUUCUCCUUUGACCUAUGAAGCGGAGGUCUCCAAGCAGCCGUUCAGCAUCAAAGUGACCAGAAAAAGCAACAAUCACGUUCUGUUUGACUCAAGCAUUGGCCCCCUCCUGUUCGCUGACCAGUUCCUGCAGCUCUCUAUUCGACUGCCGAGUGCCAACGUGUACGGUCUGGGGGAACACGUGCACCAGCAGUACCUCCAUGAUAUGAAUUGGAAGACCUGGUCCAUAUUUGCCAGGGACACAACCCCCAAUGGGGAUGGAACUAACCUGUAUGGUACACAGACAUUCUUCCUGUGCCUUGAAGAUGCUAGUGGAUUGUCCUUUGGAGUGUUUCUGAUGAACAGCAAUGCCAUGGAGAUUGUCCUCCAGCCCACACCAGCUGUCACCUACCGUGCCAUCGGGGGCAUUCUCGACUUCUAUGUGUUCCUGGGAAACACUCCGGAGCAAGUUGUUCAAGAGUAUCUAGAGCUCAUCGGGCGACCAGCUCUACCUGCCUACUGGACGCUUGGCUUUCACCUCAGUCGUUAUGACUACGGAAGCCUAGACAACUUGAAAGAAGUCGUGGACAGAAACUGGGCUGCACAGCUCCCUUAUGAUGUUCAGCAUGCCGAUAUUGAUUAUAUGGAUGAGAGGAAGGACUUCACUUAUAAUCCAGUAGAUUUCAAAGGCUUUCCUGAGUUUGCUAAGGAGUUACACAAUAACGGACAGAAAUUGGUCAUCAUCGUGGAUCCGGCUAUCUCCAACGGCUCUUCCCCAAGUAAUCCCUAUGGCCCAUAUGACAGGGGUUCAGAUAUGAAGAUAUGGGUGAAUGCUUCAGAUGGAGUGACGCCACUCAUUGGGGAGGUCUGGCCUGGAAAAACUGUGUUUCCUGAUUAUACCAACCCCAAGUGUGCUGUUUGGUGGGCUAAUGAGUUUGAGCUUUUCCACAACCAAGUGGAAUUUGAUGGAAUCUGGAUUGACAUGAAUGAAGUCUCCAACUUCGUUGAUGGUUCACUUUCAGGAUGUUCCACAAGCAAUCUCAAUUAUCCCCCAUUCACUCCCAGAGUCCUGGAUGGGUACCUGUUCUGUAAGACCCUCUGCAUGGAUGCAGUGCAGCACUGGGGCAAGCAGUAUGAUGUCCACAAUCUGUAUGGCUACUCCAUGGCCAUUGCCACUGCAGAAGCUGUCAAAACUGUGUUCCCCAAUAAGAGAAGCUUCAUCAUAACCCGUUCUACCUUUGCGGGAUCCGGCAAGUUUGCAGCCCACUGGUUAGGAGACAACGCGGCCACCUGGAAUGACCUCCGCUGGUCCAUCCCCGGCGUGCUCGAGUUCAACCUUUUCGGCAUCCCGAUGGUGGGUCCUGACAUAUGUGGCUACGCACUGGAUGCCCCUGAGGAGCUUUGCAGGCGGUGGAUGCAGCUGGGAGCAUUCUAUCCAUUUUCCAGGAAUCACAACGGCCAAGGCUACAAGGCCCAGGAUCCUGCCUCCUUCGGAGCUGACUCCCUGCUGUUGAAUUCCUCCAGACACUACCUCAGCAUCCGCUACACUCUGCUGCCCUAUCUCUACACCCUCUUCUAUCGCGCCCAUAGCCGGGGGGACACAGUGGCCAGGCCCCUUCUGCACGAGUUCUACAGGGACAGCAGCACGUGGGAUGUGCACCAGCAGUUUUUAUGGGGGCCCGGCCUCCUCAUCACUCCAGUUCUGCAUGAGGGUGCAGAGAAAGUGAUGGCCUAUGUGCCCGAUGCCGUCUGGUAUGAUUAUGAGACUGGGGGCCAAGUGAGAUGGAGGAAACAGAAAGUGGAGAUGGAGCUUCCCGGAGACAAAAUUGGACUUCACCUUCGAGGAGGCUACAUCUUUCCUACCCAGCAGCCAGCUAUAACCACUGCAGCCAGUCGCCGGAACCCUCUCGGUCUCAUCAUUGCCCUAGAUGAUAACAAAGAAGCAAAAGGGGAGCUUUUCUGGGACGAUGGGGAAACAAAAGAUACUGUGGCCAAUAAAGUUUAUCUCUUCUGUGAGUUUUCCGUCACUCAAAACCGCUUGGAUGUGAAGAUUUUGCAGUCAACCUACAAAGACCCCAAUAAUUUAGUUUUUAAAGAGAUUAAAAUCCUUGGAACCCAGGAACCUAACAACAUUACAGUGAAACAUAAUGGCGUCUCAAGUCAAGUUUCUCCUAAUGUCACUUAUGAUUCUAACCUACAGGUGGCCCUUAUCACAGGACUUGACCUCGUCCUGGGAGAAGUAUACACGGUGGAAUGGGACCUGAAAAUACAGGAUGCAGAAAAAAUAGACUGUUAUCCAGAUGAGAACGGUGCUUCUGCAGAAAACUGUGUUGCGCGUGGCUGUGCCUGGGAGGCACCCGGUUCUCCUGGAGUCCCUUUUUGCUAUUUCGUCGAAGAUCUGUACUCUGUCAGUGAUGUUCAGUAUGACUCUCAUAGGGCCACAGCGGUCAUCUCCUUAAAGUCUGCUCUUUAUGCCAACGCUUUUCCCUCAACACCUGUGAGCCCCCUCCGUCUGAGUGUGACCUACCACAAGAAUGACAUGCUGCAGUUUAAGAUUUAUGACCCCAGCAACAAUCGGUAUGAAGUCCCAGUCCCUCUCAACGUACCCAGGGUUCCAUCCAGCACCUCCGAGGGCCAACUCUAUGAUGUCCUCAUUAAGAAGAAUCCAUUUGGGAUUGAAAUCCGCCGGAAGAGUACGGGCACCGCAAUUUGGGAUUCUCAGCUCCUUGGCUUCACGUUCAACGACAUGUUCAUCCGCAUCUCCACCCGCCUUCCCUCCCGGCACAUCUAUGGCUUUGGAGAAACCGAGCACACAGCGUACCGACGGGACUUGAACUGGCACACGUGGGGCAUGUUUUCCCGAGACCAGCCCCCGGGGUACAAGAAGAAUUCCUACGGCGUCCACCCCUACUACCUGGCACUGGAGGAGGAUGGCAGUGCCCACGGAGUGCUCUUGCUGAACAGCAAUGCCAUGGAUGUGACAUUCCAGCCCACGCCUGCCCUGACAUACUGUACCACAGGAGGAGUUCUGGACUUUUAUGUGUUCUUGGGGCCAACUCCAGAGCUUGUCACUCAGCAGUACACUGAGUUGAUUGGUCGUCCAGUGAUGGUUCCUUACUGGGCCUUAGGGUUCCAACUGUGUCGCUAUGGAUACCAGAAUGACUCUGAGAUUGCCAGCUUGUAUGACGAGAUGGUGGCUGCCCAGAUCCCCUAUGACGUGCAGUACUCGGACAUUGACUACAUGGAGCGACAGCUGGACUUCACCCUCAGCCCCAAGUUCGCUGGGUUUCCAGCCCUGAUCGCUCGCAUGAAGGCCGACGGGAUGCGGGUCAUCCUCAUUCUGGACCCGGCCAUUUCCGGAAACGAGACCCAGCCCUACCUUGCGUUCACUCGGGGUGUGGAGGGUGACGUCUUCAUCAAAGCCCCGGCUGGCGGAGGCAUCGUCUGGGGAAAGGUCUGGCCCGAUUUUCCUGACGUCGUGAUAAAUGGGUCUCUAGACUGGGAGAGCCAGGUGGAGCGAUACCGAGCUUACGUGGCCUUCCCAGACUUUUUCCGUAAUUCAACUGCCACCUGGUGGAAGAGGGAGUUGAGAGAACUAUACACCAAUCCCUGGGAGCCGGAGAAGAGUUUGAAGUUUGAUGGCAUAUGGAUUGAUAUGAAUGAACCAGCAAGCUUUGUGAAUGGGGCAGUUCCUCCAGGCUGCAAGGACGCCACCCUGAACCGCCCUGCCUACAUGCCGCAUCUGGAGUCCAGGGACAAGGGUCUGAGCAGCAAGACCCUGUGCAUGGAGAGCGAGCAGAUCCUGGCGGACGGCUCCCGGGUGCGGCAUUACGACGUGCACAGCCUGUAUGGGUGGUCCCAGACGCGGCCCACCUACGAAGCUGUGCAGGAGGUGACAGGACAGCGAGGGGUCGUCAUCACCCGCUCCACAUUCCCCUCUUCUGGCCGCUGGGGAGGACACUGGCUGGGAGACAACACGGCUGCGUGGGACCAGCUGAGGAAAUCUAUCAUUGGCAUGAUGGAGUUCAGCCUCUUUGGCAUAUCCUAUACAGGAGCAGAUAUUUGCGGGUUCUUUCAAGAUGCCGAAUAUGAGAUGUGUGUUCGCUGGAUGCAACUGGGGGCCUUCUACCCCUUUGCGAGGAACCACAACACCAUUGGAACAAGGAGGCAAGACCCUGUGUCCUGGGAUGAUACCUUCAUGAAUAUCUCCAGAAGUGUCCUGCAGACCAGAUAUACCCUCUUGCCGUAUCUCUACACCCUCAUGCACAUGGCGCACACGGAGGGCAGUACCGUCGUGCGGCCUCUUCUCCACGAGUUUGUGUCGGACCAUGUGACCUGGGAUGUAGACAGUCAGUUCCUGCUGGGCCCAGCUUUCCUGGUCAGCCCUGUCCUGGAGCCCAAUGCCAGAAACGUCACUGCGUAUUUCCCCAGAGCCCGCUGGUACGAUUUCUACACGGGUGUGGACAUUCAAGCAAGGGGAGAGUGGAAGUCUUUGCCAGCCCCUCUUGACCACAUUAAUCUUCACGUCCGUGGGGGUUACAUCCUGCCCUGGCAAGAGCCUGCACAGAACACCCACUUCAGCCGCCAGAAAUUCCUAGGCUUCAAGGUGGCCUUGGACGAUGAGGGGACUGCUACAGGUCGGCUCUUCUGGGAUGAUGGGCAAAGCAUUGAUACCUAUGAAAAUGGACUCUAUUACCUGGCCCACUUUUCUGCCAGCCAGAAUACGAUGGAGAGUCAUGUAAUUUUCAACAAAUACAUCAACGAUACAAACCCUCUGAAAGUGGGCUACAUUGAGAUCUGGGGAGUGGACAGCGUCCCCAUUUCCAGUGUCAGCGUCUCUGUGAGCAGCAUGGUUAUAACACCCAACUUCACCCACAACCCUACAACACAGGUGUUAAGUAUCGAUGUGACCAACAGAAACAUCAGCCUACAUAAUUUCAUUUCCUUGACAUGGAGAAGCACUCUGUGAAUUUUAAGAACAAGAUCCUAUGAAUGUCUUUGAAACUACUUCUACUUCGUGCUUAUAAAAUUAUUGUGUGUUGCUAAUUGGUUCAUGCCCAGUGUGGGUAAAAUAUUUUAUUAAUUAUGUUGUGUGUUUUGUCUGUGUCUCAGCUCUCUGGGAUAGGCAGUAGGGAGGUGUGGAAAGUCAGUGGGUUACCUUAAUGUCUGUAUGUGAUUAGUACGUUAUCAGUUGUUUAUCAUAGAACAUUUACUGAAGGUGAGCUGGGUCCGUGAUGAAGUGUGUGUCUGCAUGUGUACAUGUGUGUGAUCAGGGAACAGGCCUCGCUUUCCUGCUCAAUACACAAGGAAGAGCUUUCUAGGACAGUUCCAGGUCCUGAGCUAACACCCCAAGAAAGUAUCCAGAAAGAACACCUGCUAGUUGGUAAUAGGGAGAGGGGAACAGAAUGCUGAGAGCAUGGUAAACGGGGUAGAAGAGGCAAACAGAAGGAAAGGUAAGCAGGAAAGACGAGAGGAAAUAGAAGAUGACAGUAAGGAUCAUGACAUUAACCAAUGUCAUCCCAAUAAAUUUAAUUAAAAAAAAAUUAGGAACACUAGCUUCAUGGGGAGGAGAAAGGAAGAACCAACUCACUUAAAAGCAAGAAGCGGGGUUAGGGGAGGUUCUUAGCAUAUGGGAGUAGGGGCGAGGAUGGGAUUUAAGCAGGCAGAGCUGAAGGAAGGAGUUUGAAUGUAAAAAAACCAAAAAACCUUAUUUUUGCAGUGGUGUGCUUUGAAAUGUGUAAAUCUUAUUUCUCUACUGUGUGCCUAAUGUACGUAACCGCAAUUCACACACACGCAUGCAACUUCCAUGCCAGAGCAAAAUAAAACAAGCAGAUUUACAAGAGA